AUAUGCUGAACCUAACGCAGAGAUUUAUUACGUCAGUAAUGUGUAAUACAUAGGCGUAACAACAAAAUUGAACUUUCAUCAUUCAAUAUAGUAAUUGAAAAUAGUAUCUGACAUAAAACGUAUGGGAAGUGCAUCCGUAGGCGACGCCAUUCUGACUAGUUAAAAGUUAAAACAUAUUAUAAUUACACGUAUUCCUAACUUCAAGUAUUUUCACAGGUUUUAUUUUUUGUCUCAUUUCUUACAAAAAGUUGUUUCCACUACAACACUGGCUAUCAGUCAAACAUAAUUACGAGAGAAUUUUUCUUCAAUCUAUGGAUUGCUAAUUAUAUGGCGGUUUAACAAAUUCAAUUUAAAUUGACUUAAUUCGAUAGUAUGUUUUUCCUUAUAACAGCGUACAAUGGCAUAUAUUUUCUAUAAUUUUAACUGAUGAAACUUCCACACUGUUUUUAUUAAUAUUUUUUAUACUAUGAAUUGCACAAUUCCAGCUGGCAAUUUGAAAGUAUUAACUAAAUCGCUGCAGACAUUGUCUAAAAUAGGAGAUGAAUUAUAUAUAGAAGUUACAAAAGAGAGUUUACUUUUCCGCUCCAUAAAUGCUAACAAAACGGCAUUUUGUUCUUUCAAAUUCUUUAACACAUUUUUUACAAGUUUCGAAGUUGCAGACAUUGACUCUGAAUCAGAUGAAAAUCCCAAAUUGGCACGUAAAAUACAAAUGAAAGCAAUACUAGCAAUAUUUAAGCCUUUGCACAAAGACAAAAAUUUGGCAUUUUGCCAUGUAGAACUCCAAUAUGAAAGUAUUGUAAUCAUCUUUAAAAUACAAUACAAAUUUGAUGUUACUGUAUUGCACAAAGUUCAUUUGUUAGACAUGGAAUUUUGGCAAGUGAAUUAUCCAAACGAUUCGAUGAAUCAAGUUACUGGUACAGGACACUGUUUUUCACAAGUUUUAUCGAAUUUUCAGUUAAACAAUGACGACUUGGGUCUUGAAGUCAUGCACCACAAGGUGGUAAUGAGAAAUUAUGAUGUAGAUGAGACAAAUGUACUAAAGUGCAUUAGAUCACAGUACGUAUUAAAUGCAAUAGAUUUUGUAUCAUUUAAAAUUGGUCAGCCCACAAAUAUAACAUGUUCUCUGAAACCCUUUCGAGCUGCUGUGCAGUUUGCAGAACAUUUCAACUUGAAGCUAAUUCUCAAUUUUGAAACUGCUGGAAAGCCUGUUGUUUUGAUUAUAAAAAAUCCUACAUUUGAGGUACAUAUUGUAAUGGCAACCGUUAGUUCUGAUGGCUCGACACAGUCCUCAAUUAGCACAACUGUUUCUUCUAUUCAAAAGAAAGUAAUGAAUACAAAAAAACAUUCAGAUGCCAAUUUAACAAUUGAAGACCGAAUAGCUCUGGAAAAUGUAGACUGGAAUGAUGAGAUAAAUAAUUUAGAUGAGCAAAGCAAACCAAAAUUAAAACCAGCACUCAACAGUUUAUUUAACAAUCAAUUAGGAAGAGGUCAUAUACAAAAGGACAAUGAUAUAGACAACCGAAAAUUGAAUAUGGAUGUUGAAGAUGAUGAUAUUAUUGAACUAUCUCAAAGAAGCAAACGUAUAAAAACAGUUUUUGAGCGUUGUUAUGAAUCAACUUUUCGUGAAGAAAACUUUGAUUAUGGAAAAAUACUAGUAGCUAAUAGUGAUGCAGAAUCAGAUUAAUAUAAUUUCGUAAUUUAUUCUACAGAACUGUACAAAAUAUGUUUAACAAAUACUUAUUCCUAAUUUAAAUAAAUUCGUUUUUACUAAGUA